AUGGCAAUUCUCCUUCAAGCUGCCACUAUCGCAGCGCUGGCUUCAUCAGUAUAUGCUGCACCUCGCGCUUCUAUCGCGGCCGACUGCUCUCCACUACCUAUUGGUCUCGGCCCAGUUGCCUACCCCACCGUUGUCGAAGAUACUCCUGAAAAUUUCCAGAAGUAUGAAGGAUUCAGUAGAGCUGCCCUGGCUGCCACAACUCCCGGUGGCUACGUCCAAUCCUACACGAACAUGAAAUCGACCUACAAUGACCCCACGCUGUUUGCUGGCUAUCGCGAGCUGACUAGCUACAAUGUUCAGGAGUGUGCAGAAGCUUGCGACUCCAGCUCUGCUUGUAAUGCCUUCACAAUCUAUGCAGAGCGAAACCCUGUCCUAGUCCCCGGAGUCAACUGCCCUAACCCCGCGAGCACUGCCCUUAUCAAGUGCGGGCUGUGGCAGGGAACCAUCACUUCAAGCACGCAUGAUUUGAACCACGGCCAAUACCAGCAGGAAUUCCAUGUUGUCAUGGCCGGUUCAAACGCCUACGUCAAGCAAGUCAAGUUUGACACCGUUCCAAGCGUUCCCGGCUACAAUACCGAUACUUACAGCAACGGCGGCGCCAUCCAGGCUCCUCUGGACUGCCAUGGCAACAACACCUACCUUGGUUUCAGAUCGUGGAUGGAUGGCAGGUUUGAUGCCAGGCGUUGCACUGAUGUCUGCACGGCUACCAAGGACUGCCACUUCGUCAACACCUACUUCUUGCGCGAUGAUUAUGUGCCGUUCGCACAGCACUGUAGCUUGUAUUCCGCACACUGGCCAUCCUGGUAUGCAACCAAUGUCGGCCAGUACGUGAAUGAGAACGAGCUCGUCAUCAACGCCACAAAGAGCUACGGCUUCACACAUGCUGACGGAAACCACGAGGUUUGCGAGCCUAAGCCCAAGAAGGAGAUUCUAGAUGGUAUGUAG